AAUAAAAAUGUCAGAAUCUGGGAGAAAAAUUUGGGUGCAGGUGAAAAGAUACGAUUUAGCAGUACAUGAUGAAGACAUGGAACCCCCUACAUCUCUGAGUUACAUUGAGACUAACAAUGACAUGGAGCCACAGUACAUACACCAACUCCUGAGACAAAGGUUCAGAAUCAGAGAUGAUUCAUUGGUUCUCAAGUUGAGGAACAACAGAGGAUCACUGGUGCCUAUCAACAGUUCAUUGCUACCAACACAAAAAUCAGUGCCAUAUAUCUUAGAAGUUGUGAAAGUCUAUCAAAACAACAAACCACAACCAAGAAAUGUACAGAGAACAAACUACAAUGAAACACUGAAGAAAAAGUUGGACAGUUUCGAUGACAGGAUUGAAAAGAUGGAAGCAAUUUGCCCCGAAUUGAGAAUUAGAAGAGAUGCUAAACUGAAAAGGGAAAUGGAAGAGCUGGAUCGAAAGCUUGUUUUUCUCAACAAGCGGUUCCAACAGGCCGAGCCUGUCAACUGGGAGGGGAUGUUUCGCAAGAACCCAAUGUGGUAGACUACAGAUAUUACCAUUUUUGGUAAUAUUUGGUUCAAAUAGGAAAUCUCAGCAUUCCACGCAUCUAUGUGUUUUGUGACCAUAUAUGGUCAUGUGUACUGGUGUAUAGAUACUUGGUGGACAUGAUAUAAAGCGUACAGUAUUACCCUGGUGUCAUCAACUGAAACAAGUACGUUGGCCUCUUACUAAGACAGAUAGUUUCCAGUUUGGCAUUCAACAUAUCAGCAAGCUCUAUAGAACUAACCAUGGAUGAGUUUACUUAUGUUAAUACAGUGAAAUCUGCAUAAUGGAACACCUCCAUAAAUGGAACACCUUUCACCCAUUAAGUUUAUGUAAAAUAAACCUCAGUGAACACUGCAAGACCUCCCUAGAAGAACACUAUUUUGAGUUUGAAAGUGGUAAUUUAGACAGGUUUAACUGCAUAUGGAAUACAGACAUUUGUG